AUGAAUACCCCCAACAAAACCUUGAUAGAUUUAAAUGACGACUGUCUCAUGGAAAUAUUACAAUAUCUAACCAUACAAGAAACAUUUCAUUUAAUGAGUUUGCAUUCGAGAUUCCAAGAUGUUACUUACGAAAGAAUUGCACAACUCAAACAUUUUGAAGUCAACUUUCGCGAACUACCUGAAUUUACAACAUGGCAGCUAGAAAUAAUUGGACAAAAUUUAAAGAGUCUCUAUAUAAGUGCCGGUUAUUCAUUACCAACCGAUUUGAUAUUACAAUAUCUAAAACCGAUAUGCUCUCAGGCUACACACUUAAAUACAUUGAAAUUACAUUAUUUUCAAUUUGAUGAAGAAUGUCAAAAAUGUCUUUUGGCAUUGGCUCCCCAAAUACAAGAUUUAAAUCUGAACUAUUGUCAACUUACCGAUGAAUUGUUGGAACCCAUUUUAAAGAAUUGCCAAAAACUACAAUUUCUUUCUCUACUAGGAAAUUAUACUCUAAAAUGUGAUUCGUUGAAAAGUUUAAAUUCCAAAUACUUGAAACAAGUUCAGGUUGAACAAAAUGCAUUUUCGCGAGAUGCCAUUCAAUCGUAUGUUGCGGAUAAUCCUCAGGUGUCCGUAAAGGUAUACUCUCAGGGACGUUUAAAUUUUAAUGUCUAUGGCCCUUCGGAAUAGAUAUUUGACAGCUGUGUAAACUUAAAAUAUUAUAGAUAAUAAAGUAAAAAUUGCAAAUAAAAUACUGUAUGUUUUCA